AUGCUGAUGCGGCGCUUGGUGUGUGCGCUUAGGUGCCAUGCUGCCCCCGUGAACAUCUUGAUGUCGCUGUCCUCUCCUCCCUCCGCGCCAGUGCUGGCACUCUUCAUGUCAAUGCGCCCCUUUGUCCAGGGUGGACCGCCGGUCCCCAAGAAAGAUAUAGAGAAGAAGCGCAAGCGCUACCUGAUCAGCCCCCACACAGAGGAGAUGGAGGCCAAGUACCAAAGGCGUCAGCGAGAGGUGCACGAGUACUUUGCGACGCACGAGCCGAAUUGCCCAGAGCCGCUGCCAGAGAACGGCUUCAUCAAGGGUCAGUUUGGAAUGCGGAGGCGGUACUACGUGGACCGCCGUGACAAGAUCGACCCGCACGCCCUCGGAAACGCCGUGGAUGAGGGCACGAAUGCCAUGCGCAAGUAG